AUGUCGGAAUCACUGCCCCAGGAUGCCGAACAUGACCCGCUGAUUACGUCCUUUUCCAACCAUGCGGACGCUCCGAAAUGGUCGCUGGGCCCAUCUCCUGAAUCGAGCAGCCGAAAAUGCGAGCGGUUCGAGACGGGAAAGGAGCCCGCGCCGGGCCCUGCGUGUUACUCUCCGCGGGUGCCGCCACGCAAAGCCAAACCCGGCUGGCAAUUUGGCAACUCGGGACGCGACUGGGCGCGCAUCCGCAGAUACUGGCCUGAGAUCCCCGCCAAGUCCAGCACAGCUCCUGGCCAGUAUUCCGCCAAGGAGGACUCCCAGCGGCGCCAGAUCUCGUUCCCCCGGGCGGAGCGCAAGGUUCACGACAUCCCAGACACGCCGGGGCCCGGCCAAUGGUCUGUCGACGCUGGUGUGGGGAGGACCUACCAUCCGCAGUACUCCAUGGCCCGCCGGCAGGAGCCCUUCUGUGAAGUUGAGGCUGCCCCGUCUCCGUGGUCUACAGGCAGCACUUCCUCCACUGGGCAGACAUGGGCCGCGCCUUCACCGACAUUCGGGGGGAGGCGAUCGAAGACACCGACCGUGCCAAGGUCACCCAGCGUGAGAAGGUCUCCGUUUCCGGAGCCGCCGUCUCCUGGCCCUGGCGACUACGAUGUGCGGGGCAACCUCGGGAAGGCGCCCGCCUUCUCCGUGGAACAGCGGAGGAGAUCCCUUACCGUGGGCCGGCACACGCCAUUCCAUACCUAUCGGCCACCUUUUGAGGCCCGUGGCGGCUCGGGCCCGCAGUGUCCUCCGUACACGCAGUUUGGCAGCCGAUCCGUGACACCCACCUCAACGCCGAGAGCGUGGCGCUAG